AUAUCAAGCAGAAUCUGCUUCUGCUCGAUCGGGGUGCCGCUUCCAAAGAAGCGCGUUACAUGUCUCGUGUACUGCGCACCAUCCCAACCACGCGCAAGGCUCUCAGCGGCGAGAUUCUUUCGCAGAUCAUCGCCAACACAGUCACAAAUACAGACCUUGCGAAGGUGCUAACCAAGUACACCGGAGCUCCCGGGGCGUCGACUACUUCGGAGAAGAAGAAGAAAAACUCUACCCCCGAAGUUGAAACCUACCUACAGAUCAUGAUCACGAUCUUCCUAAUUGACGCGGAACGGGUAGACGAUGCCAUGGAGUGCUCGUCGGAUAUGGUAGACCGAGUGGCCAAGUACAAUCGUCGCACGUUGGACCCCCUAUCGGCUCGCGCUUUCUACUACUACGGUCGAGCGUUCGAGCUCGCCGGGAAGUUCUCGGAGAUUCGCAAGCCGCUGCUGAAUGCACUCCGCACAGCCACACUCAGACACGACAAGGACGGACAAGCGACUCUGAUUAAUCUGCUGUUGAGGUCGUAUCUGCACUACAGUCUGUUCGAUCAGGCGCACAAACUGGUGUCGAAGAGUGCGUUCCCUGAAAACGCCUCGAACAACGAGCUGGCGCGCUACAUGUACUAUCUUGGACGAAUUUCUGCUAUCCAGCUGAAG